AUGUCUGCCACAAGCCCAGUGAGUUCUACCGCCCCGUCGUGGCUUCUGGUGGACAAUGAUGAUCCCAUCGGCCGACUAGAGGAGCACAUUGGAAAGGUGGUUGAGUACUUUGGACCACAUGCUCGGGAGAUGAUCAAGACAUCCAUGGAUCAAGAUCAGAUGAAUUCAGAGAACCUCAGAAAGAUGGAGGCGGACUUGAGAAACGCUGGUGAUUCCGAAUGUGCAGAUCGCAUUGUGAAGCAUGUCAGGACUGCGGCAAUGCACAGCUUCAAGCAAGUACGCCCAAUGCGACGCCAUAUUCAGGACAUUGCUGAUCUCCUCAAUGAAAUCAUGGAUCCCCAGACUCUGACGGAUGAGGAAAGUAUGCGUGCGAUCCUGUUGGGUGUUCAUGAGUCGGCCGACAAGGCUUGCGAGAUUGCACGAGCUGGUCAGGAGAAAUACGAAGAACUGGCCGAAGAGCUGGCAAGUAUGCAGGGGGAGUACAAGACAAGGAUGGUGAAGGCCAAGCAAGACUGCCAGGAACAAGAGCGAGUGGCACAAUGCAAGGCAAAGGAGGCGAACGCACAGGGAUGGUCAUCAGCCGUCAGUGGAGGUGGGUCUGUUGUAUCAAGCAUGGUUCCCCUGGGCAAGGGUGGCCUUGGCGUCGUGGCCCUGUCAGGAGGCGCAGAGGCGUUAGCAAGUGUUCCGUUGAUCGGCAGUGCCCUCACCAGCACGACGACAAGCUACGUGACAACCCAAGUGGCAGCCGGUGGCUUGUGGGGCUUUUUCGGAGGCACGGUCCCACAAACAGUCGCGAUCACCACCGUCGCAUUCAACCCUGUAGGGAUCAUGGUCGGGGUUGCCUGUGCCGCUGGCUUUGGCAUUUUGGCGGUGAAAUGUGCUGCUGAUGCCAGCCAAAGUAAUGCCCAGAAGGAAACUGCCCUGGCUGAGAGAGCCGUCGCUGAAAAGCGGGCGGCAGAAUGCACAGCUUUGGUGGAGAAUUCGGAGAAAAGCCAGCAGAUUGCCACGAAAAUGGCAAGCUCCGCUGGGACGCACGGGCGUUUGUGGUUUGGCGUGUCCCAGUCUGCAGAAGCUGCUGCACAAGUGUUUCAGAGCCUAUCCAAGAUCGAUCCCCGCAAACGGCGUCCGGCCUUUGACAAGAAGAUGGACCAGUACAUCUUGGACUUGUCGAACAUGGUCCAGGCCAUUGAUGAGUACUUGUUCUACUUGGACAAGACCGGCUAUGCUCCACCAAACUAUGGAUGCGCAAGCGUGGUAGGCCCCAAGCGGUAUGCGGAGCUGACAAAGCAAUGGGCAGCUGCAGCAGCCCAGGUGCGGGACCGAUCCGCAACACCCAGCAUCGAUGCAGCUUGA